GGAUGUGGUGUGCACUUUGUCUUGGAGAGGAGUGUGGGUUGAGUGUGAUUUGAUGGAAAGAAAGGAAAGUGACUUCUGAGGAAAUUGAGAGGAGCAGCAUCUUUUGAGGAUUUUUUGUCUUUGAAGAUAAAGAACUGAGAGGAGGAGGAGCAUUUGUUUGAUUUAACAUUCCUUCAGAGCAUGCUGGACAUGGAAAUUGAGGUGUAAGACGGUGUGGGCACUUUUCAGCAUGAUUCAACAGUCUUGAAGAGAUUUUUCUGAGCAGAUUUCUUGCUUUACUUGAGCCAGUUUUUUUUUUUUUUAACUUGAGCAAGGAGGAAUUUCAAAAACUAUCUAAGAUAAUUGCUCUCCAAGGAAAACUUUAAUUUGGCUAAUGCUGCUAAAAGCCUCAAGGCAGCUGGAUAUUCCCUGAAUCAGCCUGAAAGGUUUUCAAAGUUGACUUUAGGGGAAAUAUUGCAGGACAUUUCACCUUAAUCCUCUAAGUCUUUGGACAUAUACUGAUUUUUUUUUCAUUUACCACUGAUAAACACACACAAUGGCACACAUUUUUGAUGUUGCUAUUAUCUGCAUGUAAUUUGUGACCAAAUCUUGAGAUGUCCUGCUGAAUAUUUGAUCAAAUUCUUAAAGAAUAUAACCAAUCAUUAGUGAUUAAUUUACCUGCUUAUCAAAGGCUGUUUGAAAUCUAAACUCAUAAAUAAAAAGGAGGACAAGGAAGAAAGAGUGAUGGCACAUAAAGAAGGAGGAACAGAGCAAGGCUUUGUGAAGACUGGGGACAACCUUGGGGCCAAAGCCACCAUGGUGGGGGCUCCUACGGCGGGCGGAGGAGUGGUGGUGGAGGUGAGGGAGAAGAAGGGACCCCUGCGAGCUGCAAUACCCACAAUGCCUUUCCCUGUGGCAGUAAUCUGUCUGUUUCUGAACACCUUCAUACCUGGACUUGGUACGUUCAUCUCAGCGUUCACGGUGCUGUGUGGAGCUCGCAGUGAUCUGAUCUCAGAGCGAGGGCUUUGCUGUGUGUUCUGGCUCAACGUGGCAGCAGCGCUCAUUCAGAUACUGACAGCUGUCAUCAUGGUGGGAUGGAUCAUGAGCAUCUUCUGGGGAAUGGACAUGGUCAUCCUGGCAAUAUCUGAUGGCUACAGAGACCAGGGUCUUCCUCAGGACGUGUGAAUGAGGUCACUCUCAUUUCUUCUGAUCGAUCACACUGCAAGUUUAAUGGUGAUCUUUACCGUAGUGAUGACCUGUAGAUGUUUGUUUUUUCAAACUGGAGGACGGAGAGGAGCAGGGAAAUGAAAAUCUAUAAACCACGAGGAGAAAGAAGGACAAAUGGAGAAAACCAGCUGACUGAGGAAUCCUCUGAUCGCAGGCGUCUGAUUGGUUGAUACUGAGCCAAUUUUAUAUUUGACGUUGAGGAAACAGGACAGCAGAAAACAGACAAACUGUGCUGUUUCAAGUGAUACAAUGGAUAUAAAAAACAAGUGUUGGGUAUUUUGUUCAGUGAAAAUUAUCAGUGAUUUUUUUGUGUUCAUAUUUUGAUUGAUUAGACAAAAAAAAAAAGAGUUGUAAAAAUGUUACCUUGUAGACUACAUGUUUUUUUCAUGUCAGGAUGGACUAUCAGAUAACAACAGAAAUAUGUGUCAGUAUGACUGUGUUAGAAAACAAAGAUAUUAAUUACCAUCUUUAUUUGUCAUUUAAUAAGGAGAAUUUUGCAGGAUGAUGAUAACUCACCAGUAAGGUUUCAUUUCACUUCAAUGAUGCAUUACACAUACUUGGAAAUGGACAGUAAGUUUCCAAAAAUCUGUUUAACCUCAGUGUUACUGUCUUUGAUGGGCUGUAUGGUGCAGCUGCAGCUUAGAUCAGUGUAAAGAUGCUCAGACCAAAAGCGAAGUAAGUAUUCACAUCAUGUAAGUUAUGCAAUCUUACAAGGACAAUUAUUCAUUAAUUAUUAAUAACUAAGAUGGUGUUCAAAUCAAACACCAUUGUUGCUUGGUUCAUUAGUUCCCAAGAAAGAGAUUUGGCUGAUACAAAUAGUUACUGGCGCUUCAGUUCCAGCUGAGGGCAUCAAUUCAGAGUCUCAGUUUCACUGUUAACAGUCAUAGGGUUUCCCCCUGUUUAGUUAGCGGGAUUAACCUGAAAGAAAAACAGAGUUUCUUAUAAUGUAAUGGCAAUCUAUAUCCCAAAACUUUGCCAAUUAAAUAUUAUGAUGCAGAUUUGUAAAGAGCUUUGUCUGGUGAUUAGGACAAAAUUAGAAGAAGAAAACUUUAAUUGAAUGCUAAUUGUCUUUGGCAACAUAGUGUAAAGUGAAUUUGCCAGUUUGAAUUUUUGAACAUCAGCUAAUUUGCAUAAAAAAAAGAAUCUUUGGGUCAUGUCAUUUGGGUCGCUCAUUGUAAAUUCACAACACCCCCCACAAAUUUGCAUCAUUCCAUUGAAUCUUUCUGUUAUUUCAUCCAGAGAGAAAUCGGUUUGCUUUUGGUCUGAAGACACCUUCUGUGGAUUUAUAGGAGAGUUUAAUUGUCUUGCAGGCUCUUUUAAAAGAAACACUUCAGCAUUAGCUUCUAGUGUGCUUAAGUGGCCUUUCCGUUGUGAUACUGACAUCACAUUGCUACUCAGACUUUUCAGGUCUCCAAAUAUAAUACAAUUCAACUACUGAUAGAUAAAAUGACAAUCACUGAGCACCAAACAACAAAUAAUAAGGAAAUAACUGUCGACCAAACAUCUGAAGCAUGUAUUGCUACCAUAAAUAUCUCUGAUGCAAACUGUUCAGUAUUUUAAAUGAUUACAAGAGAAGUAUUUUCAAAUCAUUCAUUAGCUUGUGGUUACUACAGAUGCAGCAUUUUAGUCUUUUUGGCAAUAUUUUACAGUGACAGGAAGUCAUAUAAACUGGCAAUGUUUCACUGCUGGGCACAAGAUGUCUGUCAUCCCAGUUUUACAAGGCUGUAAUGAGAGUGACUCAUGCCUCCUGAUAACAAUUUGAUUAGAAGUUUCACACCUCUUAAAUGUGUAAAUCAGUGUCAAAGGGACAUUACACGUUAUUAUCUAAUUGACAGUUCCUAAGCAGAGAGACGCAGAAACACCACAGUGUCUGUCACAUUAUAACGGAGAUUAACUUACAGUGAAGUUUGAGACGCACGUCAGCAACACAUUUCAAAACAGUUGGGAGGGACAGGGUGGAAAAAAACUUGUAUAAUAAAAGUUGUAUAAUACUAAAAAUGAAACAACUGGAAGAACAUAUCCCAACUAAUGACAUUCAUUUGCAACAGGUUAGUAACAUGACUGAGGGCACUCCAGAGAGGCUGAGUCUCUCAGAAGUAAAGAUGGAAAGAGGUCCACCACUCUGUGAGAGACUGGUUGAGGACAUAGAGCAACAAUUCCAAUAUAAUCUUGUUGUCAAAAAUUGCAACAAAUCUGAUAAUUUCACCUACUGCAGUUCAUAAUAGCAGUAAAAGAUUCAGAUAAUGUGUCAAAAUCUCUGUAGAAAAGGGACAAGGCUGAAAACUAGUCGUGGAUGACAGUGAUCUUCAGACCUUCAUGUAGUACUGCAUUACAAACAGACAUGACUCUGUAGUGAACAUCACAGCAUGGACUCAAAUUCAAUUCCAAAAAAUAUUGUCUUUGAGCACAGUUUGUCACUGAAUCCACAAAUGCAGGUUAAAACUGUACCAUGCACAGAGGGAACUGUAUGUAAACAUGAUCCAGGAAUGUCUGGGAUUUAUCUGGGCCUGAGCCCAUUUAAGAUUGAUUGGGGCAAAGUGGAAAAUUCUCCCUUGGUCUGACGAAUCAAAAUUCAACAUUCUUUCUGGACUUAUGGGAGCAGCAUCCUUCACUCUGAGGAGAGGGACCACCGAGCUUGUUAUGAGCACACAGUUCAAAAGCUAGCAUACCUGAUGGUAUAGGGAUGAUCUUCUGGGAAGGCACUAUUAAUGCUGAACAAUAUACCCUGGUUUGGGAUCAACCUGUUCAUUCAGACGAUGCCUUUUUCAGGGAUGAUCUUACAUAAUACAGCAAGAAGACUCCAAACUACAAUUUGUAUGUAUUACAACAGCACGGCUCUGUAGUAGAGGGGUCCGGGUGCUAAACUUGACUGCUUCAACUCAAGAAUUGUGACCCAUUGAAAUCUUUGCCCUAUAAUGACACACAAAGAGGACCCUGAACUGUUGAGCAGCUGAAAUCCUAUAUCAGGCAAGAAUGAGACAACAUUUAACUUUCUAAACUCCAGAAACUGGUUUCAUCAUUUCUCAAAUGUUAAGAGUGUGGUUAACAGAGGAAGAAAUGCAAUAAAAUGGUAAAUUCACCCCAUCCCAACUUUUUCAAAUUUCAAAUGAGCAAACACUUUUUUGCUAUUUCAAUUAAAUAUAGGCAUUAAACGAUUUUCAAACCAUCAGAUUCUGUUUUUAUCAUUUUACACAGCGUGCCAACUCUUUUGGAAUUAGGGUUGUAUUUUUUGUGUUUUUCCGUAGAGGUCAACAUUCAAAUAAAAAAAAGAUGAUUGGUUGUUCAGUUCACUGUUUGUGUAUAUUAUGUAUAUAUUAAUGUGUGGGUUUUCGAAAUAUUAUAAAAUAUAUUGUAUGGCCUUAGUCUGAAUAUGUGCUAGGUAGGAGAUUUUGUGUGUACAAGUGUAUAAAACUCAAAAAGUUCUAAUUAACACAACUGCCUUGGAUGGAUGGAUCUAAACAAAGCCUUGGGUUUCCUGCGACACCCCAGCAGAUAUCAUGGCCUGUCCUACCUGAGAGAUUUCUAACCGUAUUAAAAGCCUUUUACUUAACACUAAUGGAGAAUUGUGGACUACACAAAAAUACUUGAGAGUGCGUCUGCAGGACUUCAAACUGAAAUGCUGAUUUUUACCUCUUGUAAAUCCAUCAAAUGUCACACAGAGUUCUUGGAUAAAAAUGGUGAUACAUGUAUUUACACAUAAUACCUUCUGUUGGUUGUGCCUCCCAUGAAAAUCAAGCACUCAUGUGCAUAAUUCAAGAUGUACUUUUACCGUCUCAUGUGUUUUCCUCGAAUUAACUUCAUUAUCUUAUCCAGCUGCCUUUUAAAACUGUAUUUUGGAUGACAUCAUUUUCUCUACGUAUUGUACAUUUGAGUGUUUUUGUGAGAGACAGAUGAUGAUGUCUCUAAUUGUGACGAUGUUUUCUGCCUUACAAACGACCAAUGUCUCACAUUUGUGUUUUUGUAGCAGUGGUGCUGCAGUUUUCAGCUUUUUUUUUUUGUUAAUGUGAUGGGUGCGAUUUAUAGGUCUUAAUUAAAUGUUAUUUUAUUAUGAUCAACCUGUAAGCCCUUAAAACUGACUCUGCUUUGCAUCAGGGUGGAAUACUUAUGAACUGUCAUUUCUUUAAAGAUGGUGGUGUUGUACCAGUGUUACGAUUGUAGGAUAAACAUGCUGCCAUGUGCAGUUUUCUGCAUGUAUUGCUUUGGUGUGAAGUCACUGUAUAAAGAAACAUGUCAACACAUAAAAAGAAAACUGUACCAUUUUCAGAUUGUAGCAUUGUUCUAUGACUUUGCAACAACAGUUUUAUUUUGAGCUGUUUGAGAUGACUGAAACAAAAUCUUAAAAUUAAAAACUUUUGGUUCCAAAUCCUGAA